UCGCCUUUAACCGGCCUUAAAGUAAAGGUUGGGUUGUCGCCGAUCGCCGUGCGCGUGCGCAGGGACAGAGUUAGAGCCACCGGCUUAUCGUACAGAUCGCGCCGAGAAUGAAAUUCUUUCUUUAUCCGGUCGAAUACAGAAGCAGUUUCUCUUCGUACAGCAAUCUCGACAAUAAAAGAAAACGACUGGAACGUUUAUGGCCGAACGCGGCGAUAGCACACGCGACCGAAUCGCUUGAACGGAUCAUUUUACCGUAAGACACUUUCCCGUGUCAGUUUUGUACGGACACCGGGGAAGGACCACGACCGAGGAGGACGCGUAUAUUCAGUGCCGCGAAAUCAUUCGUUCGGCCCGUUGCUGUUCGUCUACAGUGGGUGAACCGGAAACCGAGAAGAAGAAGAGGAAUAUAUUCCGAAAUUCGAAUAGGCGGGACACGCGCCUACCUCGUAUCAGUUCAGUUUUUUCGCGCGAUAUUCAAAGUCGCGCCAAAGUGUGUUCCAUACUGGAUACUAUUUCUCUCCUGGCUUACAACACGAAGUGGCCGAUAGACGAAAUGCCGGUGCCUGUUUGGGAAUGCCCUGACGUGGGCCUGAUAUACGAGCCCCCCGACAACACGACAGUGGUGUCCGACGACAUAUGGAAGAAGUUCGACCUGGAACUCACGAUGGAUCGAGUGGUGGACACAUACUCGGAGAUGUAUCACGAGCGCACCUUCGACGAGUGCGUCCUUCCAGAGUUAUUAUACGACAAGAUGACCUGUCUAGGGUCGCGAAAGAUGCGUCAUCACGAUUGCAUGUGGGCAGGUCUGUGCAUCAGCAAAGAACACAAUAGGACGUUACCGGCGAAGAAGGAUUCGCAGAUACAGAAGAGAAUACCGGCGGGACGGAGUCUAUUGAUAUCCCGAGCUAGUGCCACACCGACGACGACGUCGUUGUCGGCGAGUCAGCAGCAGGCCCAGCAACAGUGCCGCGCAAAAAGCUUGGAGAGCGACGGCGACUCCACGAGGCCGGAAACACCGCAAACCUCGAGCUGCUCCUCCGAUACAGAGUCCGAGGACGAUGGCCCUUUCUUCAGACACGAUCAGAUCAAUAUACACGAGAAACUGUCCGAGUGUAUGUCAGAGGCGAUUAUCAAGGCUGUGCCAGUGAGCGAGGUCACCGGUCAGCUGGUCAGGUUCCACGACAGGAGGAAAGAGGAGGAUAAGAGUCAGUGUCAAGUGCACAAGGAAAUCAAUGUCAGGAACACCCUCAGUGAUCAUUGCUAUCACCUCAAUCAGCCAAUCUGCAAAAAUCUGGAACACCUCGGCGUGCAGACACCCUCCGAUUCCGAAGAGGAAGAGAUCGACGUGGUGACGUUCGAGAAGCCCUGCAGACCGGCGGUUCUGCCGACGUACCCGAGCGCGGCGGACCAGCAGCACUUCCAGCUGACAGUGAACACGGCAUUUAAGGAAAAGGUCCCGCGGCCGCGGGGACGUCCGCCGUCGAAGAGGACAGCGCAGCCGGACUACAAGCCAGUGAAACGUGCGCGUCACAGACCGUACCAAAGGAGAAACAAAGUUGGUCGAUGUGUGACAGUCGCGCCGCCGCCACCGCCCCCACCGCCGCCGGUGAAGGUCCCAGUACCGAGCACUUCGAGAAGCUCGUCGGACGACGAGCUGGACACGGAGAAGAGGAGCUUGCACAACAACAUGGAGCGUCAGAGGCGGAUAGAGCUGCGGAACGCGUUCGAGGAGCUGCGAGUGCUGGUGCCGGCGGUUGAGUCGAAGGAUAAGGCGCCGAAAGUCGCGAUCCUCAGGCAAGCGGCCGUGUACUGUGAUAUGUUGAACGAGAUCGGUCAGAUCACCGUGUCGAAGGUGACCGAGCUGCGGAGGCGGCAGGAGAAGCUGCGAGCGAGGCUCAGUCAGCUGCGGAGGAGUCUCGCCAUGACGCGUUGAGGAGAGACUCAGCUGGUCGUAUCAGAUCCCAGCCGACCAACUAUCCCGUUCGGUACGUACGAAUCUAAUUAUAAGAGAAUCGGCAACGACGAUACCACUCCGGCGUUCGGAGACGAGGUCUCUAUAAGCGCGUAGGAGACCGUCUCCGGAGAAGGGCCUCGAGCGGACCGCAUCGCAUCACCGGGGACACGCACGUGUGCGAUCGCGACCGACAGGAGAGAGAUAGAUAGAGAGAGAGAGAGAGAGAGAGAGGGAGAGGGAAAGCGAGGGGGAGCGAGAGCGAUCGCGGUUGUUCCGCGAUUCACGCGAGUCGGCAGAGAAUCGCGCGAGACGCGUCGUCAUCCCGGCACACACGAAAACACAAAAUAGAGACAGAGAGACAGACGCACGGCCGUCGUCGGGCAGCCGUGUCUCGAAUCAACCACAUUUUCUGGAGAACACACCACGGAGAGACCGAGAGUUUCGUUCACACGAAGAAGAAGAACCGGAUUCUAACAAUCGAGACACAUCAAGCAGAGAACACACUAAAGAAUUGGUGCCAAAUAUUAGAGGAGACCGAAGAGACCGACGUAGAGAUUUCGAGAUGAUUUAUAUUUGUAAACGAUUCGAGAUGCAGGAAGCACGGAGAGAGAGAAAGAGAGAGAGAGAGUGUGUGUGUGUGUGUGCGUGUGCGUGUGUGUUUGGUUGGUUGGUUCGGUUGGGACGGGAUGGGAUCACGAGGUAUUAGUAAGGACGCAAGACUGAGUUCAGCUUAGCAUAGACGGGACGCACUGUCCGGACAUUUCGAUACUUCCCCUCGGGGAUUUUGUUUUUCUUUGGACAAGCGUGCGCGGACGCGCGCGCGCUUGGUAGAAUGCACACUGCGGAAGAAAACGAAGGAAGCGAGUACGUGGCCAUGGCACACGUCGAAUAUAUUAUAUAAAGUCAAUUCUAUUUUUAUUAUUCGAAUUCCCGAUCAGUGUCGUCUUAUCGCGUAGAUUAUCGACUAAGACCGGUUUCGAGCAGCUGGGAACGCGGCGUCGUACAUAUUUUCGAGAAAAUAUAUUACAAGGGAAUGAAACGAUAUUCAAAGUAUUUGAGAUCGGAACGAGCACCUAAUGAAUCACUGUUGUUCGUCGUCUUUUCUUUUUUCUGUCCUCGUCGCUCGUUUCUGCGUCGAUGGCGAAGACAGGCGCGUAUUCGAGGAGGAGAUCCGGGGAGCUCGUAUAAUUCGAGGAGCUAAUUCGUCGCCAGGAUUCGGGAUGAACCUGAGCAAGAGCGGCCGCGUCGGCGACGUUGGAUCGUUCGAUUUCCGAUUAUUUUUGAAUUUCGUUCGCCGCGAUAAUAAAUCAUGCGCGCGGAGAAGUACCGGAAUCUUAUCGGAAUUUAUUCAGCGUUGGCAAUCACCGAUUCCCAACUGACUGGUCUUAGGACGUAUCUUACGGCUGAACCGGUCGUAGGUAUAGCUUUCCUUUUGAAAAAGAAAAGCAGAAAAGCACACGCGCGAGCUACGACGAUUCUUUUUCCAAAACUCGCUGCCCGGGGAAGAGUUUUCUUCGCGACGGCGAACCGCUGCGAAGAACUGGAAGAGUCGGUUGUGCUUCUGCACGACAGGUAGCUUGAUUCUGAUCGACGCGACCGCAAGCGACUUAACGUGCGAGUUUUGGCGAUCGAAUCGUCGGCGGAUAGGAUGCGCGCGGCGGUUGUCAUUCACGGUAAUUUCUCGUAAUCCUCGCGGCUGUACACGGAAUUUACCUUCGAGCUUCGAUCGCCGACGAGGGAAAGACAAAAUUCGUUCACUCCUCGGUCUGUACGAUUGUGUAACUUAAUUUCGGAUCGAAGACGUCGAAGACACGCCGCGACGUCGCGUUUCACUAUGCCAUUAUUCGCGCGAAAAGUGCGCAGAGGUUAAAGCCGACUGCGGCGACUGGGUAACCGCUCCGUUAUCGAGUCGCGAUUGUUCUACUCCUGAAAUCGUUGUCCCCUAAAUAGUAACUGUUUGCCGGUCGAUUAAUGAUCGCUGUGCGAUCUGGAAGUUCCAAUAUAAUAGCGCCUUCAAUGACAUGAUCCGAUGCAUCUGGUUGUGGCUGUAUCCUGAUGAGAGAUUUGCGAGAGUAGGUGAACGAAUGAGUCACGAGCCUGUAGAUAGGAAUAGUUUGCAUUUAGCACACAGGGGCGAACACACACACACACACACACACACACACUGGCUGACACACGCGAAAUUUCGUUCGCGUACCUUGAACACCGGAGUUGUCCUUUUCCCGAACGUUUUCCGCUGAGAGGACAUAUAGUGUAAAUUACGAAUCGAUGUCGUCGGGUCUGUUCUCUUCCUGUCUUCUCUUCUUCUUCUUUUCCUCUUUUCCUCUUUUUUACCUUUCUAAACCGGCGACGCCGCAACACGAACAUAACCGACACGUGAUACACCAGGUACUUUUUACAGUCCCUUUUUACGCCUCCGUUUCAUUCCUGACCCUAGCUUUCUCGCGGUAAAAACGACGAUGUUUCGCGAUACUUCGACCGGGUGCAAUAGGAAAAUUUCGGACGAAACAGUCUCCGUAGCGGAUCGCUAGCUUUUGUUACAUUAAUUAUUGGAAACCGCAGCGAUCGUAUUGGGCCAGGGACCGUCUCUCGCCGAUCUCAUCAUACCUUUCAUACGGCCUAGAUUUCGUCUAGACGAGUAUCUGCUACUCGACUUCGGUUCAACUCAUUGCGGUCCUAUGUGUUUUCUCUAUUUCGUUUCAGAAUUUGCUAUAACAUCUGUGACUUAGCAAAUGUACUUAGAACGAAUGUUCUUACACGCAUGAGGUCUUCGAGUGUGAAGUGCGUAGAUUUUAUAGUAACAUUACAGAGUUAAUUGUGCAUUUCAUACUUAACGACCACUGGUAUAAUUACAAGUAUAAUGUAAAUCAGCGAGAUAAGCGCGAAAAUCUUGUCAUAGGAUAGGGCUGCAAUGGGUUGACUGCAUUUUCAUAGUUCACACGGCUGCAAUACUUACUCUAUUUAUUAAAAGUUCUAGUGAAUGAAAGAAAUACAGUUUUUAUCGAGGAUUAUAGUGUAUCGUCACUGCUAGAAAUUGCUGCCGCCGAAAGCAAGAACCUAAUGCAGAUCUUCGUGUCCACCGUUUUUCUAUUUGCACAAUUCCACUUCCGACUUGCGUCAUUUCCCCACGAAACAAGGUCUGGGUGAUGCUAUCACGGCUCGCGGUUUUAUAAACGACAAUAUCGAAGAUGCGGAUCGCGGAUGAUUUUGAAAGUCGAUAAGAAAUUGGCGAGAUGGUCCGUAACCGAUGCAAUUGCUGAAACUGUCUCGAGAAGGGAAUAGACGGAGCGCUCGCGGGAAGUUAGAGAGGGAUUUGAACAAUAUUUUUACAAAGUUCGUUUUCGGGGAGACGUCGUGCUUUAACGAGGAGAAUCUCGGUUGAGAUAAUACCGCGUUCACACGGAAAAAGUUCACUACGAUUUAUUUUUUAAUUUCUUCGCCACGGUGCUCGUAAACGAAAACAGAGGAAAACAAAAAGGAGACAGAAAAGCGGCGACGUAGUUUUACACGUGAAGAGAAAUGUCUCUGCGCGAGACCGAUAGAGACACUCAUCUACGCUUUUAAAAUGUAUAUAUAUAUAUAUAUAUCUAUAUCUAUAUAUAUAUAUAUAUAUA